AUGGAAACAGCACUUGGUCGUGGCUAUUCAAUCAAUGACGAAUCUGGUUUAACAGAUUUCUAUUCACCACCUUCGAGCAUUGUCGAUGAGGAUGAAGAACAAGAUGACGAUUUGUUCUAUCCCGAAGAUGUUGAACCAGUCGAUGAAACAAUUUUUGCAUCUUCAUCGGCCAAUGAAGCGACUGAUACAAAUUCAAAGAGUGGUUUUAAUUCACUACCACUAAAAUUGAUGUCUAUUGAGGCAACGCCACCGCCUACUCCGCUUGUUCCACGACGUUUUUUCGAUCCGAUCAAUGCAACAACAACAGCUUUUCAAAACUUGUCAUUCAAUACGAACGUAUCAAUUGCACCGUCGAAAAACACUGAUCUCACCAAUUCCAACUGGUCAUUAACUGCUUCAUCGUCGUCAUCAUCAACAAAAACAACGAAUUCAUUGUUUCCAUAUGCUGCUGAUCAAACGCCCAAGACGCCAACCAAAACAACAAGCCUUCUAACACCGACUAGUAUGGACCGUUACCUUCUUGAACAUCGUCCUCAUACGGAUUCCAUUUACCAAUCAACAAUGACAGUUGGUACAACAGCGAACAGACAUCAUCCGCUCUCUGCUCAACAUACUGAAGUGAAGAAUGAAACGAGCCGUCUGUUCUCUUAUAUGACCUCUGUUGAUGGGCUGACGGUGGGUGCAUCAGCAGCAUCGAAUCAAUGGUCAACAUAUGAUGAUAAACCAAUGACACGUUUGGAUAAUUCGUCAUAUACAGCUCAAUUCCAUCUGAAAUCUCCUCAACGGGGCAAUCCGCUUUUCUCUAGUUCAACAUCGCCUCCCUAUCAAUAUCAGGAACCAUGGUUUUUAUCUGAAAUGUCAACAAUAUUACGUCAGAAUACGAAUAUUUCCUUGAGUUCAACAGCACAACAAAUUCUUGCUGCUAAUACAAGCAAUAAUAAUCGUCCGUUACGUUCGGAAAAAAUCGAUAUCGAAGUUAUCAAACAUCUAAUUCAGGAAGCCGAUUGGAAACGACAAUGUGGCAUGAAAAAAGAAGUUUGUGUCUUUUGUCGAAAUAAUGGAGAAAAUGAACUGAUUUACUCAAGUCAUUCAUUGAAAGAUUCCAUGGGCAAUGUCACAUGUCCAAUUCUACGUGCUUAUCAAUGUCCGAUAUGCGGAGCAACAGGUCCACAAGCUCACACAAUAAAAUAUUGUCAAGCAACUGGUGACGAUAACAAUCGACAUGUUCCAACACCAUACGAGAAAAUGCUUCGUAUGCAAACAUUCGGCUAUGAUGACAAUAUGACACCAUCGAUCUCGGCAUUUUUUGGUCAUUUAGAUAGUCCUUCAUCCCUGUAUACGAAUGGUUGGUCCGAUAGUUAUUUAUAA